CGUCAUGUACCGACGCGAGCGCUUCAGGGGCAGCCGGCUCGACUAUUACCACAACCUCUUGUACCGGACGGUGAUCGAGCACCAGGACCCCGUGACCGGACUCAUACCGGGCCACAAGUUCGGCGGAAAGCACGCCUGGGUUCGCGACAACGUCUACUGCGUGAUCGCCAUGUGGGCUCUCUCCAUGGCGUACAAGAAGCACGCCGAACUGGACGACGACCUUGCCAGGGCGUACGAGCUGGAGCACAGCUCCGUCAAGCUCAUGCGGGGUCUUCUGGUCUCCAUGAUGAAGCAGAAGGACAAGCUGGAGCGCUUCAAGGAGACGCAGAGCGCGAGCGACUGCCUGCACGCCAAGUACGACGCGGCCACGGGAGGCGUCUGCGUCGGCGACCAGGAUUGGGGACACCUGCAGAUCGACGCCACGUCGCUCUACUUGCUCGUCCUCGCCCAGGUCACGGCCUCCGGCCAGCAGGUCAUCUUCAACCUGGACGAAGUGGCCUUCAUCCAGAACCUGGUCUUCUACAUCGAGAACGCGUACUGCAUACCGGACUUCGGCGUCUGGGAGCGGGGCGAGAAGACCAACCAGGGCGUCCGCGAGUUGAACGCGAGUUCGGUGGGCGCCGCCAAGGCCGCGCUGGAGGCCCUCAGCGAGUUGGACCUGUUUGGCUGCAGGGGAGGACCUGCCUCGGUGAUCCACGUCCUCUCGGACGAGACGGAGAAGUGCGACGCAGUUCUCCGCUCCAUGCUUCCGCGAGAGUCAAACUCCAAGGAGGUGGACGCCGCCCUGCUCGCGGUGAUCGGCUUCCCCGUAUUCGCCAUAGACGAUCCCGACCUCAUACAUAGGACCCGGGUGACCAUCGUCGACAAGCUGCAGGGUCUGUACGGCUGCAAGCGUUUCCUCCGAGACGGCUACAAGACGCCCCGAGAGGACUCUCGGAGGCUGUACUACGAGCCGUGGGAGCUGCAGAUGUUCGACAACAUCGAGUGCGAGUGGCCGCUCUUCUUCUGCUACUUCAUCAUAGACGCCUUCUUCCGCGAGGAACGGAACACCGCCGAUGAGUACUCCGAGCUUCUCGACCGACUGCUGAUCAAGACCGAUACUGGCCUCAAGUUGGUUCCCGAAAUGUACGCUGUUCCCGCAGAUGCGGUCAACCACGAGUACGAGCAACCCCAUACUCAGCUCAGGAUGCCCGUUGGCGAGAUUCCGUUCAUGUGGGCCCAGUCGCUUUACGUCGUGGGCAAGCUACUGGAAGAAGGCUUUCUGGCUCCCGCAGAGCUUGACCCGCUCAACCGGCGUUUCAGCUGUUUGAAAAGGACCGAACUGGUCAUCCAGGUGGUUUUGUUGGCCGAAAACGGUGAGGUGAAGGAUAAAAUUGCUGGCAUCUAUCCGAAUAUCCAGACGGUCGCCGAAGUCUACCCGUACGAGGCCCAUCCGGCUCGCGUUCUUGGAGAGUUGUACUCGUACCUCGGGAAGAACCACAAGAUGGGCCUUUCCGGUCGCCUGUCCAAGGACGUUGGACUGGUGGCCACGAGCAAAAUAUAUCAGCUGAAGGACCGCACGUGCGUGUUCACGCCGCAGAACCUAGACAGUAGGGAAUUCUAUCUGGUCAACGACGUGGAUCUGUUUUCCAGCACUCUUCGAUCGGACGUGGCCAUGCUGCGCGCCAACUGGAAAGUGCCCGGAAGACCCACCAUGGUGGUGACUCUCGGCCCGCAGCAGAUCGUCGAUGGCAAGGUUCCCGUCAGCCUGCGCCAGACCAUAAAGAAACUCGUGGGCGGCUACGUGCACGGCACGCGCGUCUGCGUGAGCCGCAUGGGCGAAUUCUUCAGCACUUCAUGCGUGGCCAGCUUAGAGUUCCUGUCCAGUUACGAGACUGGCGAACCGGACAUCGUGCCCGCUCCUAUCCGCGAUUACGUGGACAACGAGACGGGGUUCUCCGUGCACUCGCGCAGCCCCGGCAGUCCGUCGCUGCCGUACUCAGACUACGCUACUCCUGGUCUACUCGGGUCACCCACCUCCGGUGUCAUCCGGCAGUCGCGAUCGCUGACCGGCCUCGACAGCCCCGGCAGCGGAAUGAUGAUAUCGCGGCGGUCUUCGUCCGACGACGUCCCGGUGCGUUACCGCGCCGUCUCCGAGCUUCGUCUCGAACAGGUCACCGACAUCGAGCUUCUCACCACGCUUCAGGAAACCGACUCGAUGGAAGAGCAAGGCGACAUCCUUCACUACCUCUCCGUCCACAAGGGCUUCAACUGGGACACCGGUCUCGGUCGUCCCAACUCGGUGGUCACCGUGUGGAACCUUUUCGAGGACUUCUACGAGCGCGCCUGCCAGGAACACCGCUGGGGCCUGGUGCGUCACUUCGCGGGCGCCUUGGGCAAGCGGGUCGAGGACCUGGCCAAGUCGGUGACCGACUUGCUGGUGCGCCAGAAGCAGGUGACGGUGGGCAUACCACCUCACAGCGAGCAGGUCAUCACGCGCCCGCUCUCCAACAAGAAGCUGCGCCGCAUCAUCACCGACGUGUACCGGGGAGACCAGAGCAUGGCGAUGCUGACGCAGGAGCUGAUCGCCUACCUGGCCACAUUCAUCCAGACGGACCCUCACCUGUUCCACGAGAUGCUGCGGCUGCGCGUGGGCCUCAUAAUAGAGGUGAUGGCGUCCGAACUGGCACGUGCCACGGGCAGCAAGGACCAGGACAACUUCGAGCUGCUGUUCAACCUGAGCCCCUACGAGACGCAGUCCCUGCUGCUGGCCAUCCUGAGCGGCCGCGAGCAGGCGGACUUUCGGACCCUCUCGGCGCAGGACAGCUUCGUCGCCACCAAGCACACCGCGGUGCACGCGUUUGUUCGCGGACCCGAGAUGGUCGAGGGCGAACUGGAAGUGCCGGUCGACCACCAACCGCAAGGCCAGUGGCUCCGAAGGAGGCGGCUGGACGGCGCCCUCAACCGCGUUCCCGUUGGCUUCUACUCCCGCGUCUGGGCCAUCCUCGAGCGUUGUCCAGGGGUCUGGAUACGAGGCCAGUGCCUGCCGUGGGCCCUCACCAGGGAGAUGACUCCCGGGGAGUUCAAGUUCGCGCUCCGCGUCGAGGAGAUGCUCAACAGGAUUCCGGAGCCCGAGUACCGGCAGCUCCUAGUCGAGACGCUCAUGGUGCUAAGCCUCGUCGUCGAGAACGACACCGUGGACAAGUUCUGCGAGCCCCUGGACAUCGAGAUGAUCGUGCGGCGGGCGCACGCGUUGUUCAUCGAGGACCAGCGACGUUGCAGCGGGGACGCGACGUUGUGCUGUUGCGUCUCGCCGCCCGUGGUGCCGUGUCAGGUGACGGUGGGGAUCUGCGAGCGCUUCUACGACUCCGCGCCCAGCGGUUCCUUCGGCACCAUGACGUACAUCGUGCGCGCGCUGGCGUACGCGCUGCACGACUUGACCUCUGCGACGGAUUGCACGGUGUCGUAG